AUGGUCAUUCUGGAAGGGCGGGACUCAUCCAGCCCAUUGGCGGAGUGGAUGGUGAAGCGCCCUGUGCCUCCUCGAGUUUUACAAGGCUGUCCUGGCACUGCCCUGUCUGGUGAUUCUUUCUACUUUGAGAGUCUCACUAAUUCAAGGCAAAAGUUAGCAUGUUCUUAUAAAAAUGAAGUCUGCAAACAAGAUUUCUUUGUUAAAUCACCACCUCCUCAGCUUUUCUUCUCUGCAGCCUCUUGGAAAAGGAGGUUUUUCAUUCUGUCCAAGAGUGGGAGGAGCUAUCGUCUUUCCUAUUACAAAGACCAUCAGCAUCGUGGCUCCAUUGAAAUUGAUCGAAAUUCCACUGCAGAAGUUGGCAUAAGAAGUCAGGAAAAAUUGGAAGCUGUACAGAAGAUGUUUAGUUGCCAGCCUGCAGAGGUGAUGUCCAUUAGAACCGCUCAGAGGGAAUAUUUCCUCAUUGGCUAUGACAGGGAGAAGAUUAAAGACUGGGUCUCCCUCAUCUCGUCAUUUUGCUGGGCUUUAAAAGCAGCACACUGGAAUCCAGAGCUGGAGAAACUCUCACUGUAUGAUAAAAUGUGCACUUCAGACCCUAGCGCUCUCCUCAGUCCUCCCAGCACACCAGAAGUUGCCAGCGCCUUCUCACCACGAAAUAAUCUUCCAGACAUGCCUUUAUUGAAAGUAACUUCUCCAGGAUUCAGACAAGGUGUUCUACCACAUGAUUUCUCAUCGGAGACUACUCAAGAUAGAAAAGAAGAAAGUCAUUAUAUUAGUCCUCAAAGUGUUCUUUUAGAGUUGGAUAAGAUUAUUGCUGCCAAUGAUUCUAGUGAUUCCGUUGAAUCUGGGAUGCCACACAAGGUCACCAAGAGAACUGAGUGGACAUACAUGUCCAUGAAAUCUUGGUAUGUAAAAUUUUUUGCCAUGUCCUAUGUGCCUGCUGAUAGCAAAGGAGAAUCCCAGACCCUUCCAGAGACCCAGAAUAAGGGGCUUCAUCCACAAGAACAAGGCUCAGGAAGUGACUUGUGUCUGUCACCUGCUGGUACCACACGCAACAAGGAGCCCACCUCACUCACUGUUCUGCAAUUGACCAUAUUGCUCAAUAACAUUUCUGAUGAAAGCCAAGUGGAGAAAUUGAAUGUGUUCCUCUCUCCUCCUGACAUCACAAAUUAUCUUGCUCUCACAGCAGCUGCAGGACGGAUAUGUGUGGCUCACUGGAAAGGCCCCCUGCACCUGGGGUGCUUAUUUUGUCAUGGAGAUCACCUUCUGGCUGUGAAUGACCUGAAACCCCAGAGCCUGGAGGAGGUCUCCUUGUUUCUCAGCCGGACCAUCCAGAAGGAGAAAGUAAAACUCACCAUUGGCCGAAUCCCAAAUUCAGAGAAAUUCCAUGCUACACACUGUGCAUGCCAAGGUAUAGUACCUUUUCGAGUGGACAAGGCUGAACUGGAGAAAGUCCUGAGGAGGAGAGCAGCCAUUAAAAAGGGUCCUCAGAAGCAGAACUACACGCCGGAACCCACUGCAGCCCAGUGA